UUUGUUCUCCUCCACAGAGAUAGUCUGUUUUGAAAGAACAACGGGACUGAAUCAAACCCCGGAGGAGGAGGAGGAGGAGGAGGUUGGUGUCGCGAGCUGUGCCUAGAAGAACCGGCUGGUUGUAGCUGUCACACACACGCCGGAGCACCUCAGGACCCAUGAGGGAGGGUUAGCCACACUGAGCUGAAGCUUUCACACAUCCUUACCCCUAAGUCGGCCUAAAACAGGUGUCCAUCGGKUUUCUACCAAAAGCCAUCCGUCCCCAUUGCAGAAAUGUUAACUGAUAACAGGAAGCGACACUGUAGCUGUGACAGCAUCGAAGACCAACAGCUGAUACCUCAGGCCAAGAGGUCAGGAAGGGGUCCCUGUCCGCUCGAAUCAGAUCUGGACUCGGAGUCUUCCAGCAGCGACAGCAGCAAUGGAGUCAGCAGUCCAGAGAGAGCGACGGAGGCCAGCACCAGGCCGUACGUCCACAGCCAGGACACCUGCACCAGCACGACCCACGAAGACCCCGCCAGCUCCGUGCAGCACGGCGGCGGUGUCCCUUACGUCUACAUCAACAGAGUCCUGAGGGAGGCGCACUUCAGCAGCCUGCAGACCCGAGGGCGUCAGAGCUCGACAUGACCGUGACCCCGCGUGACCUCUCCUGAUCUUCUGUCCGCCGUUCAUCGRUGCCGACACCUCUGACACGACCCCUCCCCUCCCCCGAAGAGCCUCAACGCGACGCCGCUGGGGUCCGGCGUGAAAGGGACGAGGACCAGGGAGGUUCCACCUCACCAUGUAUCAUUUUGAGACCAUAAGCACAUCCACCUUUCCAUGGUCCAGCCACUGUGGUUUUUCUGUGCAGUAGUGAUGUGUGUGUGUGUGUGUCUGUGUGCAAGUGUGUACACACCCUGUGCACUUUAUUAGGAGGACUUACUCUCUUUACACGCGUGCGUGGACAUUUUCAUUGGUGCUAAUGACAAAAAGAUGUUAUGACGAUCCAAAGUGCUUGUGGAUUUAAAUAAAGUGUUGCACUUUACUCAAUAAUUCUUUCAUGACCAGAAAAGGUCAGAUGUAUGUUUGUAUAAUAGAAGCUUUGAUGGGGGGGGUCAACUAAAUCUACUUUGUGGAGAAUUUUACAGCAAGUCAGUUUAAAUAACACUUUAGCCUUUUUAUUUAUUUUCAUUUAAUCAAAGGUUUACAGAUAACCACUAUUCUUUUGCUCUCAUAUUUAAGCAUAGGUGUUGUACACCAGUGGGUUGAAGGUAACAGRGAACAGGAACUGAAUCUUGCUGCCAAAAUCCAACCUUAAAUUAGACUUUUGGUUAAUUUUAGACAGYGAACAGGCCUUGGGUUCUGCUGCUYGGGCAGCCAUGUAUCCAGCAGAGUGCUUCUGACGAAAACAAAGGAGCACAGUGUUGUUUUAAAGCGACCGAGUGUUUACAUCUUUUACAUUUUACACAUUGUGUGUGUAGGUGUGUCAAACCUCUCAGCCAUACAUGUUUAUGGGUGGUCUAGUUUGACCAAUACACUGUGUUGCAAAUAAAAGGAGAUGUGAAAGUGA